UGGUUUUAUUUUAUUUAUGGGGGAAGUAUUUGAAUAUUAUUUAAUUUGUGUUACCGUUAUGGUGGUGCCUUUUCACUUGUCAUGAAUUUCGCGUUCUUUAGAUACUCUUUCACUUUUGCAGAUACUCUUGUAAACACACACAAGAUCUUUAUUGUAUAUAUGCCCCAUACAAGAAGUUCCGUCUACUUCGAGUAUAACUUCGCUGAGUCGGUAAACGGAUUAAACCUGGGUGAUCUUGUUAGUGUAUGUAAAACUAUCUUUGGCGUGUAUGGGAAAUAAGAUGAGGAAAAUAUUUGCGUUGUGCAUUAAAUAUGUGUGUUGAUGUCCACAUCGGUGUAUAAAGUUCGGCGGGUGGUUAUUUCUUAUCCAUACUUGACGAUUGUUUGUUUUUAAAUGAUACGACGUUUGCAUUUGUUGCAAAGAUUUGUAAAACGAACUGUUGCAUGACAGUUGUGACAGAUCGUCGUACAAGUGUUUCGACAAGCCAUAAACAAUGCCGGAUACAAGUGUCAAGCAAAUAUAUUUAGGAAAAUGCCUCAAUGACUUGAAGCCCAUGCUUGAUUGUGGAAAAGAUAUUAUGGGCAGAAACCCAGAAAUAUUACGGAAAUCUGCUGCGAAAAUACUUCUAGAAGCUCAACAAUCCCUCAAAGACGGGGAUGAGGAGAAGAGUUAUGUUUUACAUAUGAGAUACAUAGAAACAAUGAUGUAUGUUCUCAAGAGAGAAGAACCCAAGAGUAAUAGAAAAGCUGAUUCAUUAAGAGAUGCAUUAAAAGAAAGCGUAAUAGCUGCUGAAAAACUGUCUCGAAGUCUUGAAAAACGAUACAAGGCUCUACAAGACCAAGAAAAGCAACGUAUUGUGCCAAAGGCUGAAGAAAAAGGCUCAUCAGAUGAAUUACAGAAGGAAGUUCCAAAAAUUAAUGAGCCUAAAAAGAAGGAAGAACCAUUUUAUAAUGGCUUACCAGAGUCCAGUAUCACUAGUGAGAAGCUCUUUGAACUUCUCAUGGACCACAAACUGGAAAUAGUAAUAUUUGAUGCUCGUCGUACUACAUGUUUUGUGAAGUCCCACAUAAAACUCGGAAACUGUAUUGCCAAUGUUCCAGAAGAAAUCAUUAACAAGGGGCAAAGUGCAGCUACACUGGAAAAGUUGUUACCCCCAAAGUCUAAAGAAUUGUGGUCAAAACGUGGAAAAGUUGACUUAAUAAUUCUCAUGGAUUGGACGUCAAAACAUUCAGCUCUCAACGAGGACAGUAAGUUGAAGAUCCUGAAAGACACAUUGAUAAAGUGGGAUCCAGAUACAAAGUACAAACAUGAACCUGUCAUACUGGAAGGAGGAUACAGUGACUGGUUGGACAGAUAUCCUAUGUAUACAACAAACAGCCAUGUUGUUGCACCAGUGUCUGCUAAUUCCAAUGAUUUGUUUGAACUAUUGGAUACAAUAGAAUACCCUGAUAUAAAUGACUCAGUCACAAAUACUGCACCAUCACUGCCAAAAGUGGAUCGUUCAUCCAAACCAGCACAUGUUGCUAUAGCUGGACCAACUAACAGUAAUAGUACAGCCCCAAGUGACGCUGAUGCUGGUGGUGGCAGUGUUGUUUCGGAUGCUCCAUCAGUGCAACAUGAUAAUGUGAGUUUUACACCACACAACAAGCCAGCCUUUGAUCGUUCAUCUAAGGCAGCAGCUCUUCAAUUGUAUGAGGAAAGAAGUCGUGCUUUAGCCAGCCUUCUAGAAAAGCGAGAGACAUUGGCAAAUAGCACACUGAAUUUGGAAAAAAACCGGCUUAAAGCAGAAGAAGAGUGGGAGCAAAUUAGACUACGUAAAGAGAAGGAAGCAGAAGAGGAGCUGAGAAUGCAGCUUCAGCAGAAGGAGGAAGAACUGCUAAAAAAUAUAAGGAACUUAGAAAAGGAACGAAAGGAGAAGGAAUUGGAAAACCAAUCACUACGCAAUGAAUUAGAAUUGUACAAAAGUAAAGAGCAGGAGGAAUUAAAUCUGGCAAAAGACAAGAAGCUUGCAGAUCUUGAAAAGGAAGUCAAUGAAAGAAUUAAUCUUACAGAAAAAGAAAUGAAAAAGAUCACCCAACAACGGGAACAAAAAGAACAGGAAAGAAAAGUCGCUGAAAAGAAACAGAGAGAACUCAAAGAACAAGAGAAGUUGAGGAUAGAACAGGUAGCGAAAAGAAAAGAAAAGGAACAUGAAACACAAGAGAAGGAAAAACCAGUCCCUGGAAAAGGUGUUUAUUACACCCACCUCAGACAUGAUGGUCCUUCAACUUCUAGCCCAAUGAAACGAUCCCAUUCAUCUCCAGACUUAGCUAAGCUGGAUGAACCUGAUCGGAGCGCCAAAACACCCCAAGUCGACAGGACAAGCAAACCUGGAAUUGUUUCUCGACCAAAUGAGAUGUUCUACACCCCUCACCAGAAGAAAUUGUACUCUGUUUAUGGUGUUGUGGAACGAGGAUUAACCGGAUUGAAAAAUCUUGGCAAUACAUGCUACAUGAACUCAAUUUUACAAUGCCUCAGUAAUACUUCUCAACUCAAAGAAUUUUUUGUGCAGGGGACAUAUCGUAACUAUGUAAACAAACAGUCUGAUACAAGAGGCUGCAUUGUGGAGGCAGUAGCUGUUGUUAUAAUGAGUUUGUGGAGUGGUCAAUACAGAUACUUUGUGUGUGAUGACCUGAAGGCAGUGGUUGGACGUUUCCGAGAGCAGUUUCGAACAUCUCAACAACAAGAUUCAAAUGAAUUCCUCACUGUACUUAUGGAUUGGCUACAUGAAGAUUUAAAGAAGCUGAAAGAUGAUUCCCGAAUAAAUGAGAGCCAAAGUGUCUUGAAUGAGGCGAGCAAGCAUUUUAUAGAGUUUAAGAGGAAAAACAAGUCGUUCAUUGUUGAUCUGUUUUAUGGACAGCAAAAAUCAACUGUCAAGUGCCUCAGAUGUGACAAAGAAUCAGUAACAUAUGAGACAUUUUCCAAUUUGACACUUCCAUUGCCACAUAAUAACAACUGCUCGCUUGAUGACUGCCUGAAACUGUACUUAGCAGGUGAACGAAUCACUGGCUGGACGUGUCCUGCUUGCAAGGAGAAACGUGAUGCCGUGAAAAAAUUUGACAUUUUGUAUCUACCUCCAGUCUUAAUUAUACAUUUUAAAAGGUUUUAUGUCGACGGUUGGUGUCGGAAAAGACAAAACUAUGUUGAUUUUCCCAUUGACAAACUUGAUAUGGAACAGUAUCUUAAUGAAUCAAGUUACAACCAUUCACACAUGACUUUCAGUUUGUAUGGUGUCUCAAAUCAUUAUGGAACUAUGGAAGGUGGCCAUUAUACAGCAUAUUGUAAAAAUGAUGUAAAAAAUAAGUGGUAUAAAUUUGAUGACCAUGAAGUAAAUGUUAUGCCACCAUUAUCUGUGAAAACUGGUGCUGCAUACAUUUUGUUUUAUGCAUCUUUGCACAGUACAGUAAGCUGAACUGAUAUGUGGCAGAACAUAUUUAUAUGGUUGCUAACAUUUUACAGAAGUAUAUUAGCAACUUCUGUUCAUUUAAAAACUUAUAUUUGCACAUAAUGUACAAAAUUUUCAAUAACAUUGGUUAUUGGGAUUUUUAAAUAUAUGUACAAAAUGCUUUUUAAAUGUGUAGCAAAUAUGGAUUGUGAUGCAUUUGAUAUAGAUGAAAACUUGAGAGAAUCAACACCAAAGAUUAUGGCUGAAGUUGUCGAAGACGCAUUGAAGAUGCUUCAUAUACCAUCACAAUGAAUACUGUGUAUUUUUAAAAUAUGGGCCUGGUAUGUAAAAUGGCUUAAAAUUUGGUAAGGCUGAAAUCAAUUGUAUGAUAAUCUACUGUAUAUGUUUUCUUGUAUUAUUUGUGCUAUGUAUAUUAUGAAAUUAUAACAUGUAUAUAGCAUUUCCAACAAAGUGCCAGAAUAUACAGUAAUGUUGUUAUAAUAAUGCUUGUACUCAUAAGUUAAGUAAUACGUAUGAAUGUUGAUCCUCAUUUUCACUGUAAGCCCACCUUUGUUGUGGUUUGUUAAAUGUGGGAUCCACGUUACAUUAUAAGCAUGUAUCAUGCUGUAUGUUGUAGUCAACAGGAGGCCUGCAAUGUCAGAUGAAUGGCUGUGAUUAUCAUUCAUAAGAGAGCUGUAUGUAAUAAAAUAUCUACAAAAAUUA